AUGCUUAAAGAUACAGUCUUUGAAAUAUCUCAAGAUGAGCUUGAUGCUGAAGCCAGCAUACGUACCGAAUUUCAAAAUUUGACCAAUAAUCAAGUGUUUGAAAACGUAUUUCGCUAUCGCAUCAUGGCACUCAAACGUGGUGUGACAGUUUUGCGAUCCGCAUCAGACGUUUUAGGCAACGACAGCCGUGAACUCAUGAUUCCAUCAUUACACGAAACUUUGACCUCAGCCAUUAAUACUUCUGUAACUGAUGAAUUUCAUAUGUUAGAUGUGGGUGCUGGCUCUGGAGAAGCUAUCGAUUGGUUUUUUGCAAAGAAAUUUGAAGAAAAUGUCAGCCUAAGAAAACAAAAUCAUAUUAUCCAUGUUAUUGAACCGAAUCCUAUUUUGUUAAAAGCCUAUCAACAAAAAUUAUUAGAAUAUGAGCAUCUUAAUCAAGGAAUUGUAUAUCAAGGCCCUGUACAAAAUUAUUAUACAUAUUACGAGAAUGCUCCAUUACCACCAAAACUAUCUGAUAUCACAAGGUUAACAACUGAUCCACGUAAGGCUAUUAUAGAUUUUAUUAUAUUCCUAUACGGAUUACUAAAGUCAGGUGGUGCAAUUUACAUUGCAUUUGUUGAUAUGGGAUGUACGUUCAACUCAAUUAGUAGAAAAUUCUUUGAACAAAUUACCGGUGAUAUAGAUAUUUCACAAAACAUUUCACAUACAAUCAAAGUGCGAAAUGAACUUUUAUUUGAGGGUAAAAUUUUAGAAAUUUUAGAGUCACAAAUUGUUGAUGAAAAUACUCGCCCAAAAAUUUCGAGUAGCAAGGUGCCAUGUGGUUACUAUGCAAGAUCAUUAGGAGACCUCGCGGUUUUAACUUUAGCUGGAGAACUGCUAAGAUCGGAUGACGACAUUUUUGAUGUUAGAAUGUUGGAUUUCGCUAUAAAAGAAUUAAAAACCGUAGCUGUUACACCCGUGGCUAUUGGAGAAGAAAAACCUUAUGGCUUAACGCGUUGCGUCCGCUGUGGAGAAAAUGUUUGGAGAGUUGAUAACCCUUUAAUUAUUAGUGUCAUCAAAAAAGAACGU